UCUUGUAAUCUAUAUAGCCAAACAAACCAAGCAGCAUUAUAAUAGAAGUGGACACAAGAAAAAGGGAAGCUAUACCCAUAAGGAGAAACACUUUCUCAGAGGUGAAACCAAAAGAGUUUUUCUUUUUCCUUUUCAUAUAUACUCUGCUGCUAAGUUCUGGGUUUCAUUCAGAAGCCAAAAAUGGCAACUUUGCUUGGAAAGGAGAGUGGUUUGAACCUGAAGGAGACUGAACUUUGCCUUGGCUUGCCUGGUGGCGGUGGCGGCGGCGGCGGUGGUGGAGGUGGCGGUGGCUCUGAGGUGGAAACUCCAAAGGCCACUGGGAAGAGAGGAUUCUCUGAGACAGUUGAUCUGAAGCUCAAUCUUCAAUCCAAGGAAGAUCUGAAUGAGAAUCUGAAGAAUGUCUCAAAGGACAAGGCCAUCCUUAAGGAUCCUGCCAAGCCACCAGCCAAGGCUCAAGUAGUUGGUUGGCCACCAGUGAGGUCAUAUAGGAAGAACAUGAUGGCACAGAAGGUUAACAGUGAGGAUGGUGCUGAGAAGACAACAAGCACCAAUACUUCUGGGGCAUUUGUCAAAGUUUCCAUGGAUGGAGCACCUUACCUUCGUAAGGUGGACCUCACAAUGUACAAAAGCUACAAAGAGUUAUCUGAUGCUUUGGCCAAAAUGUUCAGCUCCUUUACCAUGGGUAACUAUGGGGCCCAAGGAAUGAUAGACUUCAUGAAUGAGAGCAAGUUGAUGGAUCUUCUUAACAGCUCUGAGUAUGUGCCAACCUAUGAAGAUAAGGAUGGUGACUGGAUGCUCGUGGGUGAUGUCCCAUGGGAGAUGUUUGUUGAGUCAUGCAAGCGUCUGCGAAUAAUGAAAGGAUCAGAAGCGAUUGGGCUCGCGCCAAGAGCAAUGGAAAAAUGCAAAAGCAGAAGCUGAAGGUGGCCUAAUACAUGUUCUGUGAAAUCCCGUAUCAAAGUGGACCUAUAAAAAAGAUAUAUGAAGCACUUCUGCUGAGACUGUGGAGCGGAGUGUCGUUAGUUUGAAUGUGUCUGUGUUUUGUUCGUAUAUAGAUUCAACUUUAAUUUUAAGGAGCCUAUGGGGCAUUUGUAAUGGACAAGAAGCAAUAAACUUAACCUAUAUACUAGUUUGGCUUGUUUAUUUGUGAU